AGAGCUGAAAGCGGACGACGUGAUUGGCUCCGGUGUUCUCGCGAGAUUUCGUUGCCCGGCAUUUAAUCAAAAACGUGAAGCGCACGGCGGGUUGUGGUUUCUGGUUUUUAUUUUAUUUAAUUGUUUUGAUUCUUUUUUUGAAAAAAACGAAUCAGUUUUCAGUUUCCGGAUAGGGUGGUGCACCGCCGGCAUGCUAUUCUAUUCUUUCUUCAAGUCCCUGGUGGGCAAGGACGUUGUGGUGGAGCUGAAGAACGACCUGAGCAUUUGCGGAACUCUGCACUCAGUAGAUCAGUAUCUGAAUAUAAAACUUACAGACAUCAGUGUGACAGACCCAGAGAAGUAUCCACACAUGCUUUCUGUGAAGAACUGCUUUAUCCGGGGGUCCGUGGUCCGCUAUGUCCAGCUCCCGGCUGAUGAAGUGGACACACAGCUGCUUCAAGAUGCCGCGAGGAAGGAGGCGGUACAACAGAAACAGUGAUCGGCGUCUGUCCCGUCUCACCUCCCGGGUGUUUGCAUCCAAGUAUGGCACUUGGACUAUUGAAAGUACACGGCCUUCCUGAGUUGUCAUUUUUUUUCCCCCUGCCAUAGUGUAAUACCUUGUUUCUCCUGCUGGUGUCACUCAACCACCCUUUUUGUUUUCUUUGUGUAUAAAUGGCGUCUGUCUAGGAGGUUAAUAGCCAGCAAACAAGACCAUGCAUAUGCAAAACUGCUCUACCUUCUAUUCAGCUUCUUAAGCUAAUGUUCUCCGACUGGUGUGCCUCCAGCUAUUGCAAAACUACG